GUACCAACUGCUGAGAGAUUUGACAUGGAUCCUGGUGCGGUCCUAGAUAAUAUCAUUUAUGCCCGUGCCUCUACUUCUGAGCAUCAGUACAACUUGCUUCUUGGUUUGGCCGCCAAAAUGUCUGAAGAACCAUUCAAAUUACUGAUUGUGCAUUUGGUGAUUGUUCUCUUCCGAGUGGAUUUUACUGGAAGAGAACUUGCAGAGCGCCAGGUUGAAUUGGCACAAAUGCUCUCACGUUUUAUUAAGAUAGCUGAGGAAUCUAAUGUGGCAGGGUACAUGACCAAUCAAGUUGUAGCUGAUCCAGGCGGAGGUGUGUCGUCAGACCCAAUGAAACCUGCAGGCGGGCAUGUUCGGGCUCGUGCAGCCACGAUUAGGUUGAUGUUUAGGAAACUCAGAAGGGAGCAGCAUGUCUCCAAGGUGUUUGAUGCCCCAAACCUACCUGAAGCUGAAGCUAUAUCCUUUUUGUGCCAAAUCUUCCUCUGAUUAUAUAAUUUAUCGAAACUUAUCACAUCAUAAUGCAGAUACUAAGUAAAAUAUCUAGAAGUCUAUAUCAAUAUCUGUGAGAAAGUUGAUACUGCGUCUAUAUAGGGAUUGGUGGAUACCUGAUUUAAGCAUGAUACUCACAGUAUAGUUGAU